GUUUUAGUUAACUAAAAGUCACCGAAUAACUAAAGACUGGACUUGUAGAUUUAUUCAACAAAUAUAAAAGACCAAUUGCUUUCUUGAGAAAAGUCCAUUUGCAACGGAUUCAACGACUUUCUGACACCGUUACGUUUUUUGCCUACCGCCAUUUAAGACGUAGAAGAAGAAGAAGAAGAAGAAGAAGAAGAGGAAGAAGAAGAAGGAGGAGAAUUGUUGUUUAUGAUAUGGUUUGCAGAAACUGUCGCAAACUUUUUCAUUAUUAUUAGCAUUUUUCUCUCUGUGGAGACAGGGAAGGUUAACGGACUUUAUUGUGGUAUUAAUGCACGAGCGACGCGUUGGAGUGAGCCGGAGUAGGAAGCUAAUGCAAACGUUUUAAGAUAUAUUAAAUAACCAUUAUAGAACCAGAAGGAAGCCCACUAAGAGUGGAAAACACCAAUAAUGAAAGGAGGACCUUCAAAAACACGGAAAAGGAAACGUAAAACAACAACAGCAGUAAAUGCCACUUCAAACCCUGUUUCAUCUGCAGACACAGAGGAAUUAAAUGCCAUGUUAAGCAGUGACGUUUCAAUCAUCCACCUGUCGUCGGACUGUUCCUCACCAAGCACUCCUCAAAGAUGCACGAGACGAACCGGACUGAGGCAAGGUUUCAGCUGGACCUCAUCACCAGUGCAAAGCAGCCUCACUGACAGCCUGACGAGCAUCUCCAAGUCCCCAACAGGAGCAAAACAGGCAGAGCUAGAAUACACAGAGGCGUCAGACGCAGAUUCACAAUGCUGCAAAUCAAAGUCUAUUCGCAAACGCAGGAGGCGUUCUGAUCCACAGCCAAGACGACUCCGAACCAGGGGCCAGAAGGAGCAAAAACAAACCUCUAGUAAAACUAGAGAACCACAAAUCAAGUGCCAGAAUGGCAAGACUGAGAGACAGACUUUACAGGGGGAUACCACUCAACGCUCAAGGCCAAGAUUUGAACUAAAGCCUGAUGCAGCAGAAGAAGAUGAGUUAUUGCUGUCUUCAGAUCUGUCGAUACAGCUGAGUCCUUACGAGGAACGGCUGCCAUCUUGGUCUUUCCAGGAAGAACCAGAAACUGAGGAGGAACCAGAGGAAGAUCUGCCUAGUUUCUUGAUGGAGAUGAACAAAAAGCCCCCGUCCAUUACAGAAGGAGCAUUUGUGUGGCACAAAAUAAGAAAUUAUCCGUUCUGGCCUGCAUUGGUAAAAAGUAUGAAACGUAAGCAUAGAAAGGCCAGCGUAAUAUUCAUUGAUGACCUAAUGAUUCACCAAAAGAAAGGGUUUUCUGUAGGUCUGAAAACUCUAAAGCCUUUUGACUGCAAAGAAGCUGAUGAGCUGGUGUGUAGAGCCAAAGAAAAGUAUGACGCAGCAAUUAAGUGGUCCAUAGACCUUAUAACGGACUACACAAUACGGAUUGCAUGUGGCUCAUUUUCUGGCUCCUUCAUCGAGUACUUUGCUCAUGACAUAAGCUACCCUGUGAGGAGAAUGUACCCACAGGAAUCCUCGGAGAGACUCACAAUCUCCAGCGAUUCGAUGCUGGUGGAUUCAUGUGAAGACGAUGCUCUUGACGAUGACUCCAGUGAACAGCUGGAGAACGUCACCUGUUGUUCAAAACGGCUGCUUCCGGACCGGACUCAAUCUGUCCACAACCGUGCUACUCAAAAACUUGUAGAUUUCAUUGUCAAGGAGGGCAAGGUGGAGGAACGCCUUCUGGCUGUUCUCCGUGGACAGCAGCAGUCCAGAUGGCUUCGCUUCUUUCUGGGGAGCAAUCGGAGACGCGUGGUUAACACGUACCUGGAAGAUGAGGAUCAGUUAGACCAGGUGUACUGGUACCUAAACGAUCUGUACGCCAUGGAGAUCGCCAACACUCAUUGCCUGGCUGAGGUGGUAUUCACUGACCGAGUCCCCUUUGUCCUGGAUGUGCUUCUUCCUGAGGCCAUCAUCUAUGCUAUUGCUGGGGUUGAUAAUGUCUCGGUGAAAAAGGCAGAGGAAAAGUACCUGAAAGGACGAUGUUUAAGCAACAGGGAAAGACAGGAGUUGGACGAGAUGAUUGUGCGGCAGAUGACGAAAAGACAUCAAAAGACUACAUUUUCAUUUUCCCCUGAGACUCUCAGUUAGAGCUGUUGAAGCAUUAGAGCUUGGUAAAGCAGAAACUUCAAUUUAUUUUUCACACUGCAAUAUAUCAUUGUCCAGGCUCGUAGGAUAUUGCAGGAUAACGUGUGUAGUACCAUGGGUUAUCCUGCGAUUCCCAGCCUUGACUGACAGUUCUGCCAAAUUAAACACACCUCAGUUUUAUGAAAAUUGUUAUGUUCCAUCAGCAGCAUUUCAUCAUGAAAUUCAAAAACCAUGCUCAGUAUGUCCAUUCGUGAAAAUGUUCAAACAUCUCCUUCAAACUGUGCAAACUGUUCUUGUAUACUUUUCAUUACUCAGACUUCAUUUGCAUUUCAAGAAAUGUACACUUUGAAAAGUAAUGUGUCUGGUUUCACUGUUGUCAGCCAUGUCGGGUGUUAAAGUGUCAAUGUAACAACAAUAAUAAAAUAAAAUGUGCUUGACUUUUCUUGAUACCGAUGUAAUGCUAUAAAUUGUAUUAAUUAUAGUUGUGUUAUUUUCACCAAACCAGUGCCACUCUUGUUUUGUUUGUUACAUUAAAGGGCAGUUAAAUCACAGAAGUGGUUUAGUUUUUUUCAAAGUGAAGUACUAAGUGUGGUGAUACUGAAUUUAAACACGUUUGCAACCACUUUCAUUAUUCUGGUUUUAAACUUCAGAACUGAUGUGCAAAUGUGCAUUACAUUUGCAAUUGUCAAUGCCAAAAUAAAACCAAACAACUUAA